AUGGCCGAAAUAUCUCUUUAUCUCACCAACGUGAAUGUGUCUUUGGGCCAAACGAUGGACGUAGAGAAGGUAGGCUCAGCAGGUCAAGAUUAUGAAAAGUGUUUAUAAUCGGUCCUGUAUAAUCGGUGUUUUCAGACCAGCUAGCUCGCUAGUUACUACAAUUCAGUGCAUCUAUGUUUUCGUGGCUGUCGUCGUCUCAUGCUGAUGCUUAUAACGUAGGCUAUACUACCGGUAGGCCUAUGUAAAAUUCUGACAUUGAUGCACAUAGAAUGGGUUUUCUUCCUUGAUGAAGCAGUGUGUUUUAUGAUUAUCUAAUUGUGGAUAAGCAGCCUGUCACCAACAAGCACUGUUUUGUGUGUGUGUGUACAUUCCUCUCGUGCUUCUAUUAUAUCCCUGCCGAUGUUCGUGUGAGCCCGCCUUCUUCUGUGGAUAUCUCAUGGCGCUGCAGUGACUGACAAUUUAUGUCUUGUCUGUUUGUCCAGAGCCCCAGCUCAGGGAAGGACUUUGAGAGUGUGCAGCUGGGAGACCUGGAGAAGGGGGAACAGAAAGAAGAAAAAGCCCCACGAAGGAUCAUCCAUUUCUCUAGCGGAGAAACCAUGGAAGAGUACAGUACAGACGAGGAGGAGGAGGGGGAGGACAAGGAACCAGAGAAGGACCUACUGUCCCCCCCUGUCAAUGCGGUGAGGGUGUGUAGUGUGUUAAAUAGAAGUAUAUGUGUGUUUAGUUUGUUUGUGUGUAUUUGACUGAAAUGUACAAUUAACGUCUGUACUUCCUAUACUAUGUGUUCCAAAACCUGGUAAUAACACAUGUUUGUGUGUGUCAGACCAAGCUGACCUGGGGCCCGUACUUUUGGUUCCAUAUGUGGAGAGCAGCUACCUCCACUGUUUCAGGUGGGUGCCUGACAUGAGACAAUAUGUAUUAUAAACCUCUAGGGUUGAUAGCCUUCUCCUGCCGUACAUUACCUUGAUACUGCCUUGAAUACUAUGCUGUUGGUAAAACUCAAAAAGGUGUAUUUCAGCUUGUGACUACCUCGGGGAGAGGAUGGCCUCGCUCUUUGGAAUCACGUCGGCCAAAUACCAGUACGCCAUCGACGAGUAUUACAGGAUGAGGAAAGAGGUGUGUACACAACAAGCAGAUAAGGGCCAUCACUUAGAGGGCUUACAUCUUGAAAGGGAUUCCUAAAGUGCAUAGCAUUAAAAAAGGGCAUAGAAGGGCAUAGAUGCUUUGCAUGUGUAUGUGUCUAUGAGAGUAUACAUGUUGUAGUAGUAGUUGUAGUAGUAGGUGUGUUGUUGUAGUUGUAGUAGUGGGUGAGUUGUUGUUGUAGUAGUAGCUGUGUAGUUGUAGUAGUUGUAGUAGUAGGUGUGUUGUUGUUAUAGUAGUAGUAGUAGUAGUAGGUGUGUUGUAGUAGUAGUAGUAGUAGUAGUAGGUGUGUUGUUGUAGUUGUAGUAGUAGGUUUGUUGUUGGUGUUAGUAUGUAGUAGUAGUCGUUAGUAGUAGUAGGUGGUGUUGUUAGUAGUAGUUAGGAGCGUGUGUUUGGAGUAGUAGUAGUAGGUUGUGUGUUGGUAGUAGUGAGUAGUAGUAGUAGUAGUAGUAGGGUUGUGUUUUGUAGUAGUAGUAGUAGUUAGUUAGUAGUAGUUAGUAGGGUGUGUUGUUGUUGUAGUAGUAGUAGUAGUAGGUUGUGUUGUUGGAGGUAGGUAGUAGUAGUAGUAGGUGGUUGUUGUUUUGUAGUGUAGUAGUAGUAUGGUAGGUGUGUUGUUGUUUGGUUGUUAGUCGUAAGUAGUAGUAGUAGUAGGUGUGUUGUUGUUGUAGUAGUAGGUGUGUUGUUGUAGUAGUAGUAGUAGUAGUAGGUGUGUUGUUGUUGUUGGUAGUAGUAGUAGUAGUUGUAGUAGUAGUAGGUGUGUUGUUGUUGUAGUAGUAGUAGUAGUAGUAGUAGUAGUAGGUGUGUUGUUGUAGUAGUAGUAGUAGUAGUAGUAGGUGUGUUGUUGUUGUUGUUGUAGUAGUAGGUGUGUUGUUGUUUGUAGUAGUAGUAGUAGUAGUAGUAGUAGUAGUAAUAACCUAAUCCCCAGGCUCAAUUGCUACUGCAUAUAGAGCCUGGAAACACUGUGCAACAAGUGGGACUUGAAACGGUGGGAGAGAGAGGGAGCCUGCUGCAGCUGUAUUAGAUGGGACUAUGAAAAUACAUGUUCUAUCACAGUGACCACAUUCUUUUUGGGAAGCCCAAUUGAUGCUGAGUUCGGGCAUAUAAAGUUUAUAUGUGUCAACUAUUUCUAAGAUAUGCAUACUUUCCGAUUUCCCGAACUCACUUCUUUGUUCAGCCUAAAUCACGUGCACUGCUCGCACUUGGAAAUCCAGAGGGGUGUUUCUAAGGGUUAUGCUGGAUGGUGAUAGACUACGAGCACAGCCAAUUAAAACCAGCGGUUGUUUCUUCCGCUCCUGCCAUAGACUUCCAGUCAAGUCCCGUUCUAAGGCACUCUGAAACCAGACGUCUCGACAGAGAGGGCCGGAUGGUGGGCGAGAUUAUAGUAGUAGUAGUCUGAAUCACAUUAUUUCUAUGAGCACUCCAGUAACCUCUAUAGAAAUGUUUGUGGCCAUACGCACAUCCUUAAAAACAUAGGUGCUGGGCUGAUAAAGAAUACUAGUAAAGAACAAGGCCUGCACACUCUUUAAACUCCCAAUUCACCACUUUAUUGACUACGUUUCGAUCUGAAACGGAUCUUCGUCAGGUCAAAAACACUCCAGUAACGUCCUCUACGACAGUGGUAUACCCCACUGCCACCCGGGGGAUUUGCAGUGGGGUAAAAUAAAAUGUAUAGUACUUUUUGUGGGGGGGGACAAAGAAUGAAGAGUACAGAUUAUUGUAUGGGACAAUAUACAAAUGUUUUUGAGAAAGAUAAUUUGAAAACUUUAUUGGUUCUCUUAAUUUUGAGAGAUGAAAAGGAAUUGAAGGUUAUUUGUUGAUGUUGAAAUCGAAAUUUACAGAUUUAAAUUGUUUUAUAAGACAUUGGGGUCGGCAGAAAUUCUGGCUGGAAAAAAAUGUGGUCCCCGCUAAAAAAGUUUGAAUACCUCUGCUCUACGAGUAUUACAGGAUGAAGAAAGAGGUAGGUCUCUAUACAGUAGUUUAAAUCAGUAUGAGAUUACUAGUCUCACAUUGAUCACACCACAUCUGGCCAGGGUUUAGGUUAUGAGAUCACUAAGACGGAGCCACAUUCACUUGAAAUGGAUGCUUAAAGGGCAUUGAUGGUUCACAUGUUUGUGUUUAUGAACAUUCCAGUAACUUCUUCUUGUCUUUCCUUCCCAGAAGGAGGAGGAAGAUGAGGACAACCGGUUAUCAGAGGAGGCGGAGCAAUACUUUGACGAGAAUCAGGACGAGGAGAUCCAUGGACCAAUGACGGAUCAGCUAGAGGGAACCACUACCAUCCCCCACACCACAGUCACCUAUCAGGUUGAGAAAGAGCCCAAGGCCACACCCACGCCUACUGCCAUCAGGGUCCCAGCCAUUGUCACAACAACAACCUAACUGACUUCUGGAGAGAUGGUUAUGUGUUGUCCAUGUUUGUUUUGUUUUCAUUUGUCAAGGAGGUGGAGGCGCUCUGGGGUCUGUCUCUCUGACAGUGCUGAACGAUGAGUUAUUUUUCGGUUUUUAAAGAACUAAGUGACCGACGUCGGUUCAAUUAUUUGAUCUCCCUUAAUUUCUGGUUUUUCUGUGAGCUCAAUGAGCACAUUGCACAGUUUCUCCAGAGAUACAUCAGAUCCAGACUGAAUUGUGCGAUGUAGUACAGAGUUUCCAACAGGCCAAUAUUCUACAUAGUUUAGUGCAUAAAACGUGGUAAUUAACUACAA